GGGCGGCGGUGCCUUGCCAGAGCUAUCCAGCGAUGAUGAUGGUGAUGAUGACACAUCGGCUACAGCAAGUCCAGGGAACAAGGGGGACGACAAUGAUGAUGAUGGUGGGGAUGAUGCAGAAAGCAUGACCUCUACCCCGACGCCGAAAAAAAGGCGCAGGGGAUCCAAGGGCAGGUGUGGGAAGAAGCGCGCGAAGAAAGACUUCGAAGAAGAGCUGCCCACAGAGGACAUGGAUGGUGUUCCCAAGAUCCUCGAUGAGCUCUUGAAGCAGCAAGCGCGUAUGAACAAGCUCCUGGACAGAUGCCGGAAGCUGGAGCGCCUGAUGGCGGAGGUAUCGAAGAUGUCGAGCCGGCUCGUCAUGGAAGAGAACAAAAUCAAAAAGACAGCGCUGUCCGGCAAGAAGGGCAACCAGCAAAAGUCGGGGGUACUUUGUCUGCAACUUCGAUACGCAGUGAUGAUUCAGCUGGAGGAAAUGCUACUGGGUCAACUUCAUCCGGUGGACCUUUGGCUAGUGUCCAACGAAAUGGGGGCUGAACUGGCCAGCGCGAUUGUCAACGAGGUCUUGCCAUUUUACUUGAUAGCUGACGAGGGGAGGGGCUACAAGAAGCACGGCAUCAUGGUUCUUGGUGCUGAGCCAGUGCUUGGCUAUGGGUGCGAUGUGGUCGUCCUGCUGGAUCUAAAGCUGUCUGGGUGCUCGCACACUGGUGCUGAGAAGUGCUUGCAGCAUUUGUAUGCUGAGCUCAAGGAGUAUGCAAAAGAGCAUUGGUUCAAAGGUGCUGACACGACUGUUGUGGUCAAAUACUUGGCCUACAAAUAUGGGUCUGUGGUGCGAGAUGAUCAGUUUUUGGGUGAGGAUGCAUCCUACCUCGAGACAAUCCUUGACUGUUUGACAGCCAGCAAUAAAUUCAUGAGCACCCUGUAUCGAUGCGGCAUCUUCAUCCAAAGAAAGGAUCUGCGUACAAUUGUAUCUUCUGGGCAUGCGAUGUUGCAGGGAUAUGCGAAGUGUGCGACAAAGGCGCAUACCAAAGGCUUUGCAAGGUUUAAGCUCAACCCAAAAUUUCACAUGCUGUGUCAUGUCGUGUUUGACUUGGAGGCCAACUUUACGAAGAAGCAGGUUCCGAUCAAUCCGUUGGCAUACAGCUGCCAGAUGCCGGAGGAUUUCAUCAACAAAGUGGCAACGUUGUCCCGGCAAGUCAAUUCAACGAAAGUUUCGAUUCGAACGAUUGACCUGUACAAGUUAGCUGUGGCCAGGUCAUGGUGA